AUGCCACCUACUACUUCCAGUCUGCAAAAUUUGGAUACGCAUCAACGAUCAUGUCAAAAGAACGGCAGCGACAUGUUCAUUUCAGCGGUUGCAAACGACCAAGUUUGGUGGGAUGCCAUCGAUUCUUGGACAGAAGAAGCAUUGCAGCUACCGCCGACCCUUCACGAUCAAUAUAAUGCUGGCAUUGUUACCCCUUUAUUUUAUGAAUUUAGUCCUCUUCUCUCCUGUGGAGACUACGAAGAGGAUAUCGAAAAGGACACGAGACGUAUUCCCUGCGAGACAACGUGUAUCGAUAAGGUGGACACGAUUCACCCUCAUCUGGAGGUCCCGUCUACACUCCUUGGCCAAACCACUUCCUCAAGCAAGAAGCGCAAGCGCAAGCAAAACCACUCUUGUGAUCAGUGUCGCGUGGCGAAAAGAGCGUGCGAUUUACCACUCGACAUCGGCAUUUGCAAUGGCCAGCCCUCGAAGGACUGUGCCACCUGCAACACUCGCGGCCUUCAAUGUACAACAGUGUGGUUGAACAAGAGAAAGUCCAACCAGGGUGACGAGAAACAAACAAGGAAACCACAGUACACAAGCAGCAGAGGCGUGGCAGAAGACGACAAACCCUUCGACGGAUUGACUAAUGCCUUAAACGUCGUGUCCGUGGCAGGCCUGACCUCUGCGUUGGCCCCUGAAGCGGAUCUGACGAGACAGAUCAUUGCCGAACAGACGUGUGCACAGCAAUUCAAUCUCUACGUUGAUGUAUGGGAUAUGCCAAUGGUGGAUUGCCUCUCGCAUGCACAUGUGCGACCAUUCUACGGCUCCGGCUUCGAAGCGCUAAUUAAACUAAGCCAAGAUUCUUCUUUUUCUCAGUAUCUCAACCAAGCGCAGUCAUGGAUCAAGAAUUAUUGGCAAAUGUCCUCAGAUCCCUGGGAUGCGACAUCAGCCGGACCACAUCUCUUCUUCGUGGCUAGUCUGCUCGAUGUACUCUUUCAGAAUGGAGGUGGUUCCUUCUCUCGGGCUGCGACGGAGUCUCGAGACAUGGCCAUCAACGAAACAUACAGAUGGGUGGCCCUGUCUAAUGCUGCCCAAUUUGCCAUUGGUAAGCCUGGCUGCAACAAAGCGUCAUCAGAAGCACGGGAAUUUGCAUUGGUGGCAUGGCGCAAGGCCAGGCAGCUGCUGUUCGACAAUAUUGCAGCGACUACUUCAUUUCGCCUGGCUCUCGCACUGGUCUUGUUCGGUGUCAUGCUUCCUCCCAUUCCCACUGAUCCAAAUAGCGCGGAGGACGUUGCUUAUGCCCGUACCGAAGGUGUACGACGCCUUCAGUCACUGUGUGUUCAAGCUCGUUCGCGAUGUGUUGAGACUCCUCGCUCUUACAGCCAGGCGAGUAGAAUGAGCGUGCACGGAACCAAGAGAACGAUCCAUCCAGUGCAAGAACUACCCUCUGACGCGAGAGAAUUGGUUUUGGAUCUCAUUGACUUGCUUAGCUCGCUUGCUAAUAUAAUUAAUUGGGUUCUCAUUGGGAUUUCUCAAGGACAAAUUUGCCCGAGUCCGCCUGCGUUACCAGGCAUCGGUGCGACCAAAGACGACUUGAUUAAAGGUGUGUCCCAAGGAAGGAUCACUGAUCUCGUUGAAGUUCCAACGGGACGCGAGAGAGACCUUGAAAUCACGACUGCGGCAUUCACAGCCGCAGGUGGAAUCGCUGUCACGGGUCUCUGGAACAGAGGUGCCGAGGACGAAGAGAUUCUUCGUGCUGUUCUCGAUUCCGUUCCCCUUGUCGUCAUGCUGUGGAAGUCACUGGCACUUCUGAUUGUAGCUAUACAAAAUGUCGGGACCGAUGACGUUGAGUACGAGGAGAUUUUGUUACAUCACGCAACCAUGAACAAGUUGAGUGAGGCCUGGAGAGCAAUGUUUGGCAAAUUCGAUGAAGACGGCUCGCUCAGUAUCCAAUAUUCAAAACCGAGUCUAAGACGCUCAGUUUUGUUUUGCUCCAGCGAUGGUGAUCUAGCCGUGUUGCAAUUCUGUGAGGUGAUUGAUGAGCUUGAGGCAGAAUUGGCGCAGGCUCCGUCAGCACCAGCAAAAGAACGGCUGUUGGAAGAUCUAUACUCGGCGCGCGCACACCGGGAGGACAAUCGUUUGGUCAGUGCCACCCAAGUCUCUUUCCUCGCUUCAGGGAGUCAGGGGGUAUCAAGCCCAGGGUUCCAAGGAGGAGCAGGUUUGAAAGCUUCGGUCCAAGAUAUAGCUGCUCAUCCACAUCCACAAAUGAUGGUUCAAGCAUUCAGGCUUGCGGCCAAGGCGCUCAGCAACGAAGUGCAAAACUGCAUUGCACGAAUGGACACAGAGAGGGCUUCUUCAAUGACAGCUCGUUUAGAUGCGUGCCUGAAAGGAUUGUGUGAACUCAAGAAGAGUCUAGUUAUGUUUCCAGAUGUUGGCCAGGUAUACUGA